UGUCGUGCGUGUCUGUUUCAGUAGUGCACACAUAGUUUACCACAUCUGUCACAGUUUUAUGGUCUUCCAUGGACCUGAACUAUUCAUUGUAUUGUGUUGUAUUAUGUCAGGCUAUAGUGACAUGUAUGUGUUACACGUGUAGCCCGGAUCAUCUUUCGGUGUUCCACAGCGUAUUCACAACUGACGUACUUUUACACCAUAUAUGGCUGUGAGCAUCCAGGCAGUGUGCGCGCUCGCCUUGUGUCUCGCCUAUGUCGGCACCCAUGUGAUCAAGAGAGAGACUACAUGUGCAGACAAUAACUCCUGCCCUAAACCCGGGGGUGGAUGUGUUCCUGUCAACCAAACCUACGAACUAAGCCAUUGUUCUAAGCUGAAAUGCACUUUGGAGUCCAAUGUAUAUUGGCUCCGCGGUAACAUGGGAUGUGCCACCUUAGCUGGGAGUUGCGUCAACGUUGGCCAGAUAUAUUCAUACAACGCCUGUACAAAUGUCACCUGCACGUCCGUUAACUCGUCUCUCAUAUUCAAGGGCACUUAUAGUUGUGCCCAUGGUGACCCAAUAUUUUGCUAUGGACAGGGUGCAAAUGUAACCAUCGACGGCUGUAAACACACAUGUGUGUUAAGUGGAAACACCAUCGGCUUUAUGAAAAUCAAUUCUAAUUGCGGAUAAGCUACACUACAGGGGCAGUACCAAACUACCAAAGUCGUUUGUUGGAAGAACAGCAGCAAUAAAUAUAUGAUUUAGGA